CUCAGGUUUAGCAAUAGUUACAUUGAUAUAGCAAAUUCUGUGUUCAAACGCCACCAUGGCCGCAGAUUUCUCAAAUCCUGAAUCCUUGGGGGUUCUGACCUCAACAGUGAACCAGACGCUUAUCGAGACUGGUCGCUUUUUCCGAUCAGCGGGCUCUAUGCAGUCUAGAGCUCAAUUGAAGCGGUCUCUUCCGGCUGCCCACGAACAAUUCCAACUUGCAUUGGACAGUCUAUCUGAGCAGAUUUUUAUUGCCAAAGCGUUUCUAGAAAAAGACUACGAAGUAAUCAGGGCAAAAAAAGCGGAAUUACAACCAGCGAAAGACGUGGUCAUGGGUGAAGCAGCCGAAAAAGAAAAAGAGCCUGAACCCAAUCCCCAACCAACGGAGAAAGUAGAAUCCGGUGCAGACGCAGAACAGACCGAAGCAAACCCGGCUGAUGAAAAUGCAACUUCAGCCGAGCCCGCAGCUGCAGCUGCAGAGCCCGAUAAACCGAACACCACCGACCAGCCUGUAAAGACAGAAAAUCAAGAAGAGAAUACAAAGCAGAACCAGCCUUUCAACGGGGCAGAAGAGCUCAAUUUUGACUCGGUCCUCAACGACACUGGUGGUACAAAUGACUUUGACCUCAAUCUCGACUUUGGCGACGAUGAAAUUGGGAAUCAAAACUUCCUUUCGGGUUCAAAUCUCGGAAAUGCUGGCACAAGUGCUGGUGCAGACAAUUCAAAUAACAAGGAUCAAGCGAAUCCCUCCGCCCUUCCUGAGAUCGGCAAUAAUACUACCGAUACACCUGCUGGGGGCGAUGCAUUUGACAUGGAAUUUCAAAAAGCGGACGCCCAGCUUGGCAACAAUACAGAAGAUGUCAUGGCACCUGGGGAAUCCAGUUUUGACGACUUGUUCUUGGAUACAGACAACUUUGGUGGUGAUGGAAUGGGUGAUCAGGGGCUGUUGGAAGGGGAUGGGUUGAUGAAUAUCAAUGAGCUUGACGAUAGCUGGUUUAAUUGAGAUCUAGCUCGGGGGUGUAUGAUGCAUAGGGAAUUUGGGGCCGGGCAAGGGAUAAUGGAUUAGCCUCAGGAUAAUGAUUUGCAUGUUUCCCAAAAUAAACCAAACACGCAAGUCUAGGCCUUGUGCUACGAAUGACGUAUACACAUAGGGCAGCCGAGGAAACCGUCGGGCUACAUGGAGACUUUCCGAGAAAGCCCCAAAAUAACGGUUCAACCUUGCUUGUGUUCCCAUCCGACGGGAACCACACCACGCGAACGUAGGAAAGUGGAGGAAUCAAGGAUGAAGUAGAUGACGCUGAUAGGCCGAUCGUUGACAGGAUGACUAUAUAAUCAGAUAAGAGUCUCGAUUCGAUCGGUGCUGAUUAUGAAUCAUCGUACCGUGACGUGGGCAAAAGACGACAUUUUCAAAGAGAAACAGGGCAAAAUCUGGG